AUGUCCCUCCUCCCCGCUUUCGACGAGAGCGUCCACAGCUCUACCGCGACUUGGGUUACUUCAACCGUGCCCAAGUUCAUAGCGGACGAUUUUGCCCCGUAUGACUUUCCCAACACCACCGGCAACCAGCCGAUGGACAACGACUUUGAGGCUCUCUUCAACAUCAAGUUUCCUUCCCCCAUCCUCCCAGAGACUGCCAUCUUUGACUCUGGCAUCCCUGGCAUUUCUUCAGCUCCCCAGGCCGCUCUCGAGUCGGCCCUUGCCGCCGCGACAGGUGCCUCGACCAUGGCCUGUGCUCCUGCCCUGACGGACAAGGCCAACAACGCGCUCCAGCUCGACAUGUUCGACAUCACGCCGGCUCACUCCCCCCUCGCCGGCUCGAGCAGCUACGCUUCCCCGGCCUUCCAGUUCUCCCCUACCCCCGGCCUCACCGCGUGCCCCACCGUCGACUCGACACCGGCGCCUCGUUCCAACUCGCGCUGCUCGUCUCGUUCCUCGUUCUCGCUCCAGAACGACACCGACAAGCCCGUGGCGGACACCAUCAUCGGCCCCGACGGCAAGGUCAAGAAGCUCCACCUCUGCCCCUACGAAGAGUGCGCUCGUCACACGCGCACCUUCCGCUCCAACGCCGAUCUUCAGCGCCACAUCCGCUCUCACCGUGGCGAGCGUCCAUACGCCUGCCCUGCUCCCGGGUGUGACAAGGCCUACGGACAGCAGAACAAGAUGGUCAACCACGUUAAGCAGCAGCACCCUGCCCUCACGUCUCUUGUCGAGAUCGGUCGCAGCCGUCGCCGUGCUCCUGCAGCUGCCGCUGCUGCGGCCACUGCUGCCGCCGUGGCCAGCGGUGCUUCUUCGACUGCGUCUACGCCAUCUUCCUCUGCCGCUUCGACCCCUGCUCGUGCUGCUGCUGUCCGCACUGUCUCGUCACCAGCUACCGCACGCUCGGUCUCGGCCUCGUCGUCCCGUGCUGCUCCUUACGCCGUGCCGUCAUCCCACGCCGCGCUCUCGGGUACCAGCACAGGUCUCGACCAGCCCACGCCCCGCCGCGUCGCCGGUUCCACUGCCGGCAUGAAGCGCAGCAUCUCUGAUGUCUUGAGCAAGAAGGCGCCGCUGUGGUAG